AUGGAGAGAUUUGGUGUUCGCAUUAUUUCUUUGGUGCUUCUCUUGAUGCUUCCUAAAAAUUUAAGUGCCAAUGCAUUUGGUGGCAUUAUGAAGGAUGAGGAAGCACUCAAGGAAGGCCAAAAUGAAAUGGAAAAUUCUAUCCCAAAUUAUGGUGAAAUGAGGGACGUGAAAGAUGAUGAUUGGCAGAUGGUACAAAAGAAGGGAAACCAAUUUGUGGUGAAUGACAAGCCUUUCUAUGUCAAUGGAUUCAACACAUAUUGGCUGAUGGUAUUUGCUGCAGAUGAGUCCACCAGAGGAAAGGUCACUGAGGUUUUCAAGCAAGCAUCCUCAGUGGGUAUGACAGUUUGUAGGACUUGGGCCUUCAAUGAUGGCCAAUGGCGGGCCCUGCAGAAAUCUCCAUCAGUUUAUGAUGAAGUCGUCUUCAAGGCCUUGGACUUUGUGGUAAGUGAAGCAAAGAAAUACAAAAUCAGGCUUAUAUUAUCAUUGACUAACAACUGGGAGGCUUAUGGAGGCAAAGCACAAUAUGUGAAAUGGGGCAAUGCUGCUGGCCUCAACUUGACCUCUGAUGAUGACUUCUUCUCACAUCCAACUCUUAGAAGCUACUACAAGGCCCAUGUUAAGGCAAACUGUGCUCAAUAG